GAGAAAGAGGAGGCAGAGCCCUUUAAAAUGGCAAGCAGCGCUAUCCCUAUGACAUGUUUCCCUCUGCGCUCCACGCGUGGUAUAGCCUCCAGACUGCGUGGGCUAGUGUGGGUGCAGUAGACGAGUUUCGUAUAAAACCCCUGAUUCCCGAGUCUCAUAUUACGCGCGUUCGCCUCCCUCUGUAGUUGUUUGUUACUACGGCUCCUUCCACCUACUCUGUGUUUUUCUUCAGUAGUAUUUCUUAGGAAAUCUACCGUCACUAAAGAAAUCUGUUCUAUGGUUUUGGCUGAAGAAGAUCCCACGAUGUCUCGGACUGACGAGGUGCACCGUAUAACGGAGAAUGUCUAUAAGUCCAUCAUGGAGCAGUUCAACCCAUGCUUGCGGAACUUUGUGGCCAUGGGGAAGAGCUACGAGAAGGCCCUAUCCAGUGUCACAUUUGCUGCAAAGGGCUACUUCGAGGCACUGGUGAGGAUGGGAGAGAUGGCCAGCGAAAGUCAAGGCUCUAAGGAUCUUGAAGAGGCAGCAUGGGACGUUCUCUUUCAGAUGGCUGAGGUCCACAGACAGAUCCAGAUGCAGCUUGAAGAUAUGCUGAAGUCUUUCCACAAUGAGCUUUUGACAGAGCUGGAGAAGAAGGUGGAGCUGGAUGCACGCUACCUAAAUGCUGCUCUGAGGAAGUACCAGAUGGAGCACAAGAGUAAAGGAGAGAGUCUGGAGAAGUGUCAGGAUGAACUGAAGAAGCUACGCAGGAAGAGCCAGGGCAGCAAGAACACCUCUAAGUACGGAGACAAGGAGAUGCAGUAUGUUGAGACCAUCAGCAGCAAGCAGAGUGACCUGGACCAGUACACAGCAGAGGGCUACAAGAAUGCACUGUCAGAGGAGAGGAGGAGGUACUGUUUCCUGGUGGAUAGACAGUGUGCCGUGGCCAAGAACAGCAGCUCCUACCACAGCAAAGGUAAGGACCUUCUAGCCCAAAAGAUCCCAGCAUGGCAGCAGGCGUGUGCUGACCCUACCAAGCUGCCUGACCGUGCCAUGCUCCUGGCUCAGCAGAUGACCUCUACAGGGGGUACCCUGGCGUCCGGCUCCCACACUCACCACGGCUCCAAGGGCAACCUGCUCAUCUCUGACCCAAUCCCCGGGGCCAAGCCUCUGCCUGUACCCCCCGAGCUGGCUGCACUAAUGGCCCAACAGCGUCUAAUGGGACCAGGAGGAGUGGACGGAGGGAUGCCCAUAAUGAACGGAACGGCAGGGGCGCAUGGAGGAGCAGGAGGGGGAGGAGGGGAGGACUACCAACACUGGAUGGAGGGGAAGAUGGCCCAAGCCCAGGCUCAGGCCCUACAGGCUCAGGCCCUACAGUCCCAGGUGGCUAAGGCCUCCUCCCAGCACCACUCCCAGCCCCACAGACAGGGCAGCGAGGUCUACUCCAACACCCUACCCGUACGCAAGAACGCCCCCGCCAAGAGCAACACCACCAUGGGUCCAGAGACCCGAACCCUUCCCCGGUCUAGCUCUAUGGCAGCAGGGCUGGAGAGGAACGGUCGUACCCGUGUCCAGGCCAUUUUCUCCCACGCGGCUGGGGACAACAGCACCCUGCUCAGCUUCUCUGAAGGAGACGUCAUCACCCUGCUGGUGCCUGAGGCCCGCGAUGGAUGGCACUAUGGAGAGAACGAGAAGAACAAGAUGCGGGGCUGGUUCCCUUUCUCUUACACACGUGUCAUCCCCGAGACUGAAAGCGACAAACUACGAGUCAACAAUCUCCACCAUGGUAAGAGCAGCAGCACAGGCAACCUGUUGGAGAGAGAGGACAUGGCAAGUGCCCCUCCCCCUGACUACGGUAUGUCAUCUCGCCUGCUGGCACAGAGCGCUGCGAUGGCACACAGCAGACAACAGCGCCCAUACAGCAUGACAGGGCCAGGCUUCUCACAGCAAGGACUUGAAGAGUAUGAGCAACGUUUUUCAACAAGUGUCCCUCUGCCUCAGGAGGAACCAGCCCAGGCCACUGAGGACCAACCCAGGCCUCUCAUCUCUGUCGGUGACCAGUCUCCUCCUCCAAUCCUCUAUUAGCUCCAUGCUCUACUUCCUAUUAUCCUUGCCUCUGAUUGGUUGCUGUGAAGCACAGAUACAUUUAGCCAGCCAAUUGGAAGAAGAACCCUGAUUUUGUUUGACAAAUCCAAGCACACACAGGACUAAUCUUUCACAAGUAGUGUAGACCAUGUGCUGCACAAGUUUUAGCAGACUGAACUAUCCAUAGCAUUCAAGCACACCUAGCCUUGGACUGCCUCUUCAAUACAAUUAAAGCAUUUGAAAACAGUAAUAAACUGUAUGCAGUAAAUGAUAACUGAAUCUGUUACUUGUUAAUAAUGUAUGCAUAUGCUUAAGAAAUGGUCAUUGUUUGAUCUAUCUUAUUGUGGGUGUCUAGUCGUAUUUUACUUCUUGCUAUUAGCGAUUUGUAAGAUUUGGAGGAAUUUCUUUGAAUUUGUUUGUGUGAGCAAUACAUUUGUCACAAAGUAAACUAUGUUAUACAGUAUAUGUUAAAGGGCUGUAUCAGGGGGAAUAUAAAGAGCACAGGGCAUGGCGGCUUGUAGAAACACAUUUCUACAUGAGUCUGAGCCGCACACUAGAUUAGGAGAGAUGGAGAAAGAAAAGGUCAAUGUUAUACACAAUACUGUAAGUUAUAAUAGCAUUCAAAUGCUUUUCACUGUUAUUCUCAUAUUUUAAAUGACAGAAAAACAAUAAUAUUAAGCAUUCAUGCAUAUAUCAACUGUAUAGUAUGACAUUAAUACAUAACAAUACAAAGGAGUUGUUGUAUUUCGUACUAUUUUAUAAAUGUAUUUGCUUCUCAUCCCGUUUCAUUUGUCUGUAAAUUUAUAGAAAAAACACUGAAUUUACUAGAGCAAAUAAAGUGAUAUUGCAGAGUAUAUUCCAGAUAUUGCCUGUGCGUUUGUACUGUGUUUAUAAGAAACUCUUGAAAAGCACGUCUCCUUUUAUACUCUCUUUGCGUCAUGUUUUUACAUUAUAAUUUUUUAAAGUGAGCAUUAUGAGUUGGCUAGAGAGCACAAACAGAUUUGGGACCAGGCUAUGUAAUACAUGAGACCCACAUCCUUGUGUAAAACAGAUUUUAUUUAUAUUUCAUAAUAAGGUACAGAAAGUAACCAUGUGACCAGUAAGUGAGUGUGGGUGGGGCACAUUUACUGACAGCAUGCCUAAACUAGUCCUGCUCGUUUAAAUCACAACCAGCGCAUUACCAAAUGUUGCUCCUUAUCACAAUACCCCCUUUGUCUCACUAGCCUGGGUACCAGUUGGUUUGUCUCAUCAUUACAGUGGCAUGAUGACACAAACAGACUGGUACCCAGGCUAUCGUCUCGCUAUACAGAUGUAGGAUCUUAAUUUGACCACCCUGUUGCAGGAGAACUUUCCUACAAUGCAAGGCGUUUCAAAAUUGUAGAGUAUUUGAUGUUUAAAAAGCCUUUGGAAGUUUGUAAUUUCCUCUUUGAAAAUUGUAUCAAGCCCUACAAAAAUGUCCAUGAAUUAUAACCCACAAUAUUCACAUUUCCUGUUUCUGCAGGAUUAUUUUCCUGCUGUAGCAAACUGUCUCAAAUUAAGAUCCUACAUCUGUAGGGUUAAAACAUUAUAGAUCAAAUAUAUAUUCCUGUUCCUGUUUGCCUCAUGACUUCAUUAAAUAUAUCUCUUUGGCAACAAUAAAACAAAGACAUCUCCUUUUAUCUCCCACUUCCAGGUCAUUUCUUGAUAUGUUCUUUCUUUUUUUGAGAUAUAAAAAUAGUACAUACACAGACGGCGGUCUAGAUAGAUCUAUAGACACUAUACUAGUGAACAAUAUUAAAGCUCUAGAAAGGCAAACAAACAGAACAAAACACACUUACUGCAUGGAGACUAGAGUGGAUCUGGGAACCAUAGAAAUAGAACCUACUGUAUGUAAUUCUAUAUCUAUGUGUUGAACUAAAUUGGCACCCUGGUUCUUUGAAGCUAAAGCCUACAGUGAUAUUAGCCUGGGCCCAGAUCUGUUUGUACUGUCUUGCCAACCUAUGGUGAUUGAGGUAGGCCAGACUGCACAAACAUACCUGCGACCAUGCUGCAGUGAUACUGAUGUAAUACUGCAUUAUCUUGCCAGCCUGACUGUAUGGAAUGCUUUCUAUGUUACACCCACAGCCACCCGUCAUCCUUUCUAUAGCACAUACAUUUUCACAUACUGUACAUAGCAAUGUAAGGUCCAUAAAUUCCAAAUGCUCCUUCCAUUGUUAAAAUCAUGAACACAACUGUGAAACAUUACACAACGACAAACCCAUGUAGCAUCACCAAACCCUUGACCACCACACA